AUGUGUGGAGGCCAUUCUAUAUUUGCUAUAGGGCAUGAUACAGUUGUUUGCUUACUGGAUACUAUAAAUGUCAUGGGAGUUGAACCACAUAUGGUGGUGGAGGAGGAGGAGGAAGAAAGUGGUAGCCAUAGUGUAGAGAAGAGGAAGACGAAGAAAAAGAAAACAAAAGAAAAAAAACGAAUGGCGAGUUUUGAAGGAAAAGUUCAAUUUUCUUCUCUUUCUAAGGUAGAAAAGGAUAAGAAUUCAUACCCCAAUGUUGGGGACUAUGAUGAUCCCUUAUGGCCUGUGCGGAAAGGUGUGAAUAAUAAUGAAAUAGUUGCGAAAUCCUCGAAAGAAGAGUAUGUUACUUUCGACUUUCCGUUUGAUUCCCAAGAUUACCUUGAUGGUUCAACUGAUGAUCCUUGUAUUUCUGCAAAUUUCAAUAGGCCUCCAGAGGUCAACUUGAAAAACGUGUUAAGUGGGAUAGUUGCGAUUAUAACUGGGCAGAAUAAAGACCCUGGUGGUUGUGCUUCUGUAAAUAAAGAAGUGCCCAGUUCAAAUGUUUCCUUUCUGGGAUCGGGAAAGAAUGGGGACACGUAUUUGCACUCCUCCGUAUAUAUUCCGAGUGCCCCACCACUUCUCGAGCCAAAUGGGUUUAAUUAUACCGUGUACAAAGAGGUGUUGGAAGCCGAACCACCUGAGUGGUUGCCGGAUAGUUCUACUACAGUUUGUAUGCAGUGUACUGCUCUCUUUACAGCGGUUACUCGUGGGAGGCAUCAUUGUCGUUUUUGUGGUGGGGUUUUUUGCAGAACAUGUACUAAAGGACGGUGUUUGCUACCAGUUAAAUUUAGGGAGAGGAAUCCACAGAGGGUUUGUGAUGCCUGCUAUGAUAGGCUUGAUCCUUUACAAGGUGUUCUUAUUAAUAGCAUUAGCAAUGCUAUGCAAGUGGCAAAACAUGAUGUUAUGGAUUGGACGUGCACUAGAGGAUGGUUGAACCUGCCAGUUGGUUUGUCCAUGGAACAUGAGAUAUACAAAGCAUCCAAUACACUAAGAAGCUAUUGGCAGGUUUCUAGGCUGAAUCCUGAGAAGUCCAUACCCUUAGCAGUUCUGAAAGGAGCCAAAGGCUUGGCAAUCUUAACAGUUGUCAAAGCUGGUGCAAUAGUUGCUUACAAACUUGGCACUGGUUUAGUCAUUGCUCGGAGAUCAGAUGGAUCAUGGUCUGCCCCAUCUGCAAUAUGCUCAAUUGGUUUAGGAUGGGGUGCUCAGAUUGGGGGUGAGCUCAUGGACUACGUAAUUGUCCUCCAUGAUCACAAAGCUGUGAAGACAUUUUGCAGUCGCAUGCACUUUUCUCUUGGGGCGGGUUGCAGUGCUGCAGCAGGCCCUGUUGGGAGGGUGUUGGAAGCAGAUCUCCGUGCUGGUGAUAGAGGAUCUGGCAUGUGCUAUACUUACAGCUGCAGCAAAGGGGCAUUUGUGGGAGUGUCACUUGAAGGAAACAUUGUAGCAACGAGGAUGGAUACAAAUCUAAAGUUCUAUGGUGAUCCUUAUCUCACUCCUGCUGACAUUCUUCUAGGGACUGUGGACAGACCUAAAGCUGCAGAACCUCUAUAUGCUGCUCUUGGAGAACUGUACUCAAGUCUACGGCAUUAG